AUGGAUGAGCUUAUGAAUAGAAAACACCAGCUGCAGAGCAAACUGGACAUGCUUCAUGCAAGAAAACAAUCAAAAAUAGACCGCGAUGCACUUCUUGUGCAGAAAAUCAGUCAGCAGAAAGAGACGCUUGCACAGCUAAAAAGAGACCUCAGAGACACACAUGCUGUUAUUAUUGAAAAGCGGAGGCUGCUCGGCAAACUACAAAGCGAGCUUGAAGCAUACAAGAAAGACGUAAUAAAGAAUGCAGAGCAGAAGCUGGAGGCACAAUACAUUGGGAUUGUCGAUGACAUGAACAAGAUCUGCCCUUCAAUGACAUUCUCCACGUUUGGCGAGUUUGCUAAGCUGAGAGCCCUUAUUGACAAGAAUGUUUUUAAUAGGCUUGGAAAGAGGCUGAAUGCAAUGCAUACCCAAGAGAAGGAAAAGCUCAAAGCAUAUAUCCUGAGCCAAAUAGACAAGAGGAUGGAUGGAAAGAGAGUUUUGCAUGAGCUUGUGUUUUACAUGAGGUUUCUGCGCAAGUAUGAUGAGUACUUUGAGGAGGAUGCCAUGGGAGAGUACAUGCACGGGCGUCUUUUGUCUGGGUUUGAGUACCACUUCAUGAGCGAUAGGGAGUCGAACAGACUGGACAGGCCGGAGUGGUUUCUGGACUAUCUUCGGCAGAGAAUCAAGGAGGGGAAGGAAUUGUUCAGCAUGUAUAUGCAUGAGAAGACGCCCAGCGAAUCUGGAAAUCCUAGUGUACAGAGCGGAUUUAAAAGCUUUGUGAGCAAGGCGAUGGAGCUGAUAGACAUGAAGAGCAAAGAGGUUUCAGAAUGCAGUAGUAAGCAGAAAAGAAACCUGAUGCUGCAUUUUGGAAAGGAGGUGAUUAAGUUUUGCAAUGAGGUGUACAGGAAGUAUGAGAUUGCUGUUAAGAUUGCGAGCAUUGGAGAGAUGCUGCGCAAGGAGCAGAGGAUGUACUUCCGCAAGCGAAUUUGUGCAAUCCACGAGAUGAAGUACAAAAAGUGGUUUGAAGGAUAUAAGGACGUAACUAGGGAGUGCUUGAUGUACAUGCAUGGGUUUCGGAUGCUGGAUAUUGGGAGUGUGAUGGAUGAGAUAGUUGGAUGGAUUGUUGAGUAUAACAGGGUGUUUCUGGAAAGCCUGAGAUAUGUCAAUAGGAAGGAGAUUGAUGUGUUAUGCAGGUCGUACAGUGAGUUUGAGAUGUACAAGGAGUUUCUGGUUGAGCAGGAGAGCGAGAUUGUUUUUGACAGCAAGCUGAGCAUCAGUGAGGAUGUGCCAGAGAUGGAAGGAAGCUGUAGGGAAGUGUUGCAUGAUGCAGUGCAAGGGUCGCUUGAAAGCGUGUCGAGGUUUAAUGUUGAGAGCUUCAGAAUGAUUAUGACGCUGGCAGCAAAUGAUGCAAGCAGCAUUUUGCGAAUAUUAGGGCGAUUUGUGUAUAAUCCAAGCGGCACAGCACGGAACCUGAUUGCUGAGGUUGGACGAGAGCUGGACGAUUAUAGGCAGUGUGUGUCGUUUUCAGCUGUUAGACAGUGCUUUAAGGAGAGGAUUGAUGAGUAUGUGCUUGAGGAAGUGAUAUUGAAGCAUAGGCUUGAUGGAGAGCAGUAUUUUGAAUUGACUGACAUGAUCAGUAGAUUGAAAGAGGUGUUUGAGGAGGAAGAAUGGAAAUGUGAGAUUGGGUGCAGGUAUGUUGGGGAUAUAUUUAAUGGAAGGGAGAAAGACGAGCCACUGUUUAAGAUUAUCCAGAAUUUGUAUGAGUAG